AUGGUACCCCAGGGGAAACUUCUUUCUCUACUCCUCCCUAGUCUCCUACUCUUUGUUUUCCCUUGUACAACAACACAUGCAAAAUCUGUUAUUGAACCAUGCAGCUCCUCAGAUUCUUGCACCUCUCUUCUGUCUUAUAUUCUGCCUUAUGAUUCAAAGCUCUCAGAAAUAGCUUAUCGUUUCCAAGUGAACAUUUCUGACAUCUCGGCAGCAAACUCCAUCAAUCCAACAACAUCAUUCCUUAGUAACCAAAUUUUCCAUGCCAAAUCAAUUGUUAAAAUACCAAUUCCAUGUCCAUGUGUGGAUGGCAUCCGACGGUCCAUAUCAACUACUUAUACUGUCCGGGCAGCUGACACUGCUGAAUUUAUAUCAGAAGGUUAUGGUGGACUUGUAAGUCCACAACAGAUUAUGAGUGCUAAUGGAGUCGACGCCAGGAACCCGUUAAUGAGUGGCCAGACACUUUUGAUACCUUUGCCUUGCACAUGCUUUAAUAAUAGCGACAAUGGUAUUGCAACAGUGUAUAUGUCAUACGUAGUGCAAAGUGAUGAGAGUUUGGGCAGUAUAGCAAUGGAGUUUGACACCACUGUUAUGGACUUGGAAGCUGUUAAUGGUCUUGGCCAACCGGUUGUUGAUCCUGGUGACGUACUGGCUAUUCCAAUUUCAGUUCGGGCUGCUAGUGGUGUCAUUUUCAGCUGGUUGGACAAGCUUUUUGGUAACCCUGGAUCAAAACCUCAAAGUCUUAGGUUGGAUAGCUCUCAUGGUACCAUUGCCAAUCAACUUCAUUCGAAUAAAUUCACGAUCCGACUUUUCUAUGCAGCAUGUUCUUCUGCAAAUCUUAACUGGCACAAUGAGACUCUAAUAGUUCCAAAUGGUUCCUAUGCUCUCACUGCCAACGACUGCAUCAAAUGCAUUUGUGAACCUGGCAGUCUCAACUUGCAGUGUUUACCUUCCGGCAUCGAGUCGUCAUGCUCUCAUUUACAAUGCAAAGAUUCUGAUCUUUUCAUUGGGGACACAUAUGUAGAGAACACAUCCAUUGGUUGCAAUAUAACUGCUUGUGAGUAUCGUGGACAUUAUGGCCGCAAAAUUUUCAGAAGUUUAGUCAAUUCUUCUUAUGUCCAGUGCCCAGGUGAUCGAAAUUGUAAUGCAACGUGUCCAAGCGGGUCACCACUGUCUAAUAAUCCUGAUCUGGUUCCAUCUAUAGCAUUACCACCAGUAUCAUCACCAUCACCAGCUCCAUGUCCCAACAUGGGGAUAGAUGGCUCUAAUCCUAGAAAUAGAAAGAGUUUCAAUAUUUCUAGUAACGAAGAAUUGCUUAAGAAAGCUUCAUGGUGUACCUUAUUGCUUUUAGAAGUUGUUUAUUAUUUUUUCUUGUUAUAA